CAGUGAUUGAGGUGGAGGGAGUCAGCCUGCGACGGAAAACAAGCGAGCAUAGGUCGACCAGAAGACGCUCAGUUCGUGUUUUAGAGGCAGAAAACAGCGAGGAACCGGAGGAUAUGUGGAUGUAGGCGGCGUCUCGGUCGCUUUCAGCCGGACUCAGUCACUCACAGUUCGAGUUGUCGUUUGGAGCGUGUCGCUGUUUUGCCCUGAUUCUCGCUGGAGUGAACACUAAGGGGGACUCCAUGAAAGAUGACAGAGGAGGUGAUUGUUGUAGCCAAGUGGGACUACACGGCCCAGCAGGACCAGGAACUUGACAUCCGUAAAAAUGAGCGUCUCUUCCUCCUGGACGACUCGAAGACCUGGUGGCGAGUCCGCAACACCUCCAACCAGACGGGGUAUGUGCCGUCGAACUACGUGGAGCGCAAGAACAGCCUGAAGAAAGGCUCGCUGGUGAAGAACAUCAAAGACACGCUGGGUUUGGGGAAAACUAAGAGGAAGACGAGUGCCCGUGAUGCUUCCCCGACGCCCAGCUCGGACACGGAGUUCCCCUCCAACGGCAGCGGGGGCGGAGGAGGCGGAGGAGCCGCGGAGAGAAUCUACGACCUCAACAUCCCUGCCAUGGUGAAGUUCGCCUACACAGCAGAGAGGGACGACGAGCUGACCCUGUUCAAGGGCUCCCGGGUGACCGUGAUGGAGAAGUGCAGCGACGGCUGGUGGCGGGGCAGCCAGGCGGGCCGGGUGGGCUGGUUCCCCUCCAACUACGUCCAGGAGGAGCUCGGAGGGGCGGACGACCGAGGGGAAGGAGAUUCCUCACAGGGCUACCAGGGAGGCUCUCAAGGAACUUUGCUGGCCAACGGGCGAGCAGGCGGCCGCAGCCCGGUCCUCCAUCUGGUCCAGACCCUCUACCCCUUCAGCUCCGUGACAGAGGAGGAGCUGAACUUUGAGAAGGGAGAGGUCAUGGAGGUGGUGGAGAAGCCGGAGAACGACCCGGAGUGGUGGAGGUGUAAGAACUCGCGUGGCAUAGUGGGACUGGUACCUAAAAACUAUGUGAUGGUGCUGGACGAGCGGCCCGGCCCGCCCUCCUCCACGUCGAGCUCCCCACAGAACCGCUUCAUGGCUCCGGCUCGCUCAGGGAGGUUCGCCGGGAGGGACUGGUACUACGGCAGCAUCACCAGACACCAGGCCGAGUGCAUCCUCAACGAGAGAGGAGAGGAGGGCGACUUCCUCAUACGAGACAGCGAGUCGUCGCCCAGUGACUUCUCGGUGUCUCUGAAGGCGGUGGGUAAGAACAAACACUUUAAAGUGCAGCUGUCAGACGGAGUGUACUGUAUCGGCCAGCGCAGGUUUAACUCCAUGGAUGAACUUGUGGAGCAUUACAAGAAAGCCCCCAUCUUCACCAGCGAACACGGAGAGAAGCUGUACCUGGUCAAAGCGCUGCUGUAAUUCACACAUCCUCACACCUACACUGGAUCUCAUACACCACCACACACACACACACACACACACACACACACACACACACACACACACACACACACACACACACACACACACACACUCUCUGUCAUACACACUACACACACACACACCAUUGUAAUGCCGCUCCCUGACUGUCUUAACUCAAGCCUUAGCUCUGGACCCUCUCGCUGUGGCGUCUGGAACACAUCCAGAUCCUCCAUCACACCGUCUCCCUCCGGCAGGUGAAACUUUUUUCUCUUCAAUCGAGCAGCGAAGCACUGUGUCUGGAAAUACCCACAAUCCUUCACGUGCAGCGCAGUGCAACACCCGCCUCCCUUCCUCCCUCCCCUGGAUGUGCGAACGUGCAGUGACCAUAUCUGCUGCUAACAGAACGCCCGAGGCCUUGUUGGAGGUGGAGCUCUUCUUCUGAUGUCAUCCAUAACGUCCAUUUACUAGCACGCACAUUCUAAGUUACACCACUGCUCUUAAUCCAUGCAGGAGAACAGAUGUUUCCUCUAACCUCUGUGGGACCUAACUCUGCCGUUGUCCUGUCAACCUGCUGGCCAUCGUUUUAUUUCUUGUUCACUUGUUUCUUGUUAGUGAGUUUUGUUUGUUUAAAAGCUCAUAUAAUUCCUCUCUAGGGGUUAAAUUUUUUUUUCACAAAGUGACCAGAUCCACUCUCUUGCCUUUUUCUCCUAAUUUCCACCAUUCCUCUACAUGAUUUUACCUCCCCAUGUUUUUUUUUCCUUCCCUUGUCACUUUUUUCAAAUUCCUCUCCACGGAUCCAGUGAUGAUACUCCAAAGCUACACACAACACUUCCUGUAAUAUUUCUAACAAGGCAGUAGGGGAGGGGAGCAUUAAUGCAAUAGGGGAGACCUCUAAUGUCCUGUAGAGUUUGAAUGUUUAUCUGUGUAACCAAAUGUGCCACCCUGUACCCAUUACUGCUGGCUCCAGGUCUGCACUGCCUCACUAUACUUGGCAUCCGUUCAUGGCUCUGUGCUCAUGCUUUAUAUCGUGUCACGUUGAACAUCUUCUGGUUCUGUUCUCCAGUAUGUGUCUAUACUGACUGAAGAAUAAUAAAAACCUUUUUUUGGUAA